AUGGAAUGCAACUGUAUGAAUUUGCUAUGCACAAAACUACCAAAACAUAAGUUAGUCCUAAACAAGAAAUCAAAAACAGCAAACUGGACUACUGCUACAAGAGAAUCGGAAAUAAGUGAUCACGAUAGAAGAAUUCUAAAAAAGAUUAAUCGACUUGACGGUGAAACUAGUUGUAGUAACAAUCUGGAGCGGACAUCGGUUCGUAGUAUCAUUGCUGGAUAUCAGCAAAGACAACUUUCAUCAAAACCGUCGUAUACAGCACAAGGAUUAUCUCCUGGAAAUUCGGUAGUUUUACGUGGAAAAGAAGAUAUUAGCAGCCAAAUAUCAUUAGAAUCAGAAGUUGUUGAGAGUAAAGUGCACACCGACAUUUUGCCUGUUGAAUCGAACGAAUUUCAGAAAGUUUUACCAAAAACAAACGAUAUGAUGGAGUCGAGGAAGCCAAUGGCGGCUCCACCUGCACCACCGCUACCACCAAUUCCAACUCAUUUGAAAAAUUCCCAGCUUAAGUUACUAAAUGGUGAUAGUGGAUCUUCACCGAUAUCAUCAAGUUUUUCCAAUGGCAUCCACAAGAGGACAUUAACAACUAUAACUUCAACUUCAGGUUCAACUCAAGAUUCUAGCAAGCAUGAAACAACGGAUGCAAAGUUCGUCCCAAAAGGCAUGAUUUCUCGUUUCCCAUCUGGUUGUUUCCCGCAAUAUCUUUGCUGUAUCUCUCCUAGCCAUAAGAAGAGUAUAAGCAUAGAGGACACGUCACUCACUACUAAGAUCCAAAAAUUUAAUGUAUCUGGAAGUACCACAGAGGAAUUUCGAACGCUGAAAUUGAAUGGGCAUGUUGGAUUUGAUUCGCUUCCGCAUCAGUUGGUUCGGAAAUGCACUGAACGAGGGUUUCAAUUCAAUCUGAUGUGUGUUGGUGAAACAGGCAUGGGUAAAACAACACUGAUCGAAUCUCUGUUCAAUAUGAAACUUGAAUUUCAUCCUUGUAAUAAUGAACUUAAGACUGUAGAACUACUUUCCAGGACUUAUGAUGUUGUGGAAGGUGGAAUUAGGCUCAAGUUGACCAUUGUUGAAACAGCUGGAUUUGGUGACCAGCUUGAUAAAGAUAAAAGCGCUCAAGUAAUCGUUGAUUUUAUUAAUGAACAAUUCGAAAAAUAUUUAAAAGAAGAGUUGAAAAUCAAACGCUGUUUGGAUUAUUACGAUGAUACACGUAUCCACGCUUGUCUUUACUUCAUAUCACCUACAGGACAUGGACUCAAAGCACUCGAUGUUGUAACACUGCAACGGCUUGCAGAACGGGUCAAUGUGAUACCCGUGAUUGCAAAAGCUGAUACCACCUGCAAAGAUGAACUUAUAAGAUUCAAAAGCAAAAUUUUAAGUGAGUUACGAAGUCACAAUAUUCCCAUCUAUCAGUUUCCGACUGACGACGAGACGGUACGAGCAAUAAAUACGGAAUUAAAUCAGCUUGUGCCAUAUGCUGUUGUGGGCAGUACUGAUUUUGUUAAAAAAGAGAACGGUAAGAUGGUUCGAGCACGUCGUUAUCCUUGGGGAAUGGUUGAAGUCGAAAAUGAGGAACACUGCGAUUUUGUCAAAUUACGUGAGGCAGUAUUGCGCACGAACGUGGAUGCAUUGCGUGAGCGGACACAUAGAGUACUGUAUGAAGCAUAUCGUCGUGAACGUUUACGUGCAAUGAAGUUUGGUGAUGGUGAUACAGGACCUAAAAUGAUGGAAGCUUUCGCACAGAAGCAGCGUGAAUUCAUUGAUGAAAUGGCAAAUAGAGAUACUGUUUUUCGUGAUGAAUUCGCUACACGUGUUAAGAAGAAGGAAGAAGAAAUGAAAAGAAGGGAAGAAUUGCUAAAUUUACGAGCCAAAAAGAUUAGCGAAAAUUUUGAAGAAGAAUUACGACGUAUCGAAUCACAAAUGCAUACGCUAUUGGAAGAAAAAGCGAAAUAUGAAUUGAAAACAGCUGGGAAAAAAGCGAAGAAGUAA